CUCUCGCGUAGACGCUAUAUCGGUUAUGUAGCUGUCGUUGCGGUCUUUUUUAAACGAUAUAUUAUUUAAUUUAUUUAUAAAAAGAGUUAAAGUAAUGACACUGACUCCUAUUAAAGAUGGCGAGUACACCGCUACUGUGUACAAACUGAUAAAAGAUGGACGCUACGGAGACGCUAUACACAUUCUGAGCAAUGAACUGCAGAAACACAUGAAAUCCAGGGCUGCACUGUCGCUCUUGGGCUACUGCUAUUAUCAUGUGCAGGAUUUCACCAAUGCAGCAGAUUGUUACGAGCAGCUCGUUCAGUUACAUCCAGAGGUGGAGGACUACAAACUGUACUAUGCACAGUCCCUCUAUGGAGCAGGUGCCUCUCAAGAGGCGAUGAAAGCCACUUUUCUUCUGGACAACCCCACAAGUCAUACCAAGAUGAUAAAGCUUCAAGCUGCUAUUAAAUAUGGAGAGGAGGACUUUUCAGCAGCAAUGGCUCUGGUGGAGCAGUUGCCUGUGGAUGACCCAGACACUGAAGUGGAUCAUGCAUGCUUGCUCUUCAAGCUUGGUGAAUUCGAGAAGGCCUGCACAAAAUUUACAGCAGCCAUGCAAGUGCUUGGGUAUCAGCCAGGUUUGGCAUACAAUAUCGCCCUCUGCCACUACAGCCUCAAGCAGUAUGCAGCAGCCCUCAAAUACAUCCGAGAAAUCAUCGAGCGUGGAAUAAGGGAACAUCCAGAACUUGGAGUUGGCAUGACAACAGAAGGCAUUGAAGUGAAAAGUGUUGGCAACACACUUGUGCUUCAUGAGACGGCAUUAAUUGAAGCAUUUAAUCUGAAGGCAGCAAUUGAAUACCAGCUUAAAAAAUACGAUGAUGCUCAGGAGGCACUGACUGAUAUGCCACCCAGAUCAGAAGAGGAGCUGGAUCCAGUCACCCUUCACAACCAGGCCCUUAUGAACAUGGACACCAAGCCGACAGAGGGCUUUGAGAAGCUUGCCUUCCUCCUGCAGCAGAGCCCAUUCCCUUUCUCCACUUUUGGCAACCUGCUCUUGCUCUACUGCAAAUAUGAGUACUUUGACUUGGCUGCUGAUGUGCUGGCUGAAAAUGCUCACCUCACUUACAAGUUUCUUUCACCAUACCUGUACGAGUUCCUGGAUGCCAUGCUGACCAGCCAGACCGCUCCAGAAGAGGCUUUUCGGAAGUUUGAUGACGUGGCCGGAAAACUAACUGAGCAGUUACGCAAAGUCACAAAACAGGUGCAGGAAGCCCGGCGCAAUCGGGACGAUGAAGGUUUAAAAAAGGCAGUUGAAGAUUAUGAUCAACUUCUGGAAGAGUACAUUCCGGUGCUGAUGGCACAGGCUAAGAUUUACUGGAACCGUGAAAACUACAACAUGGUGGAGAAGAUCUUUCGCAAGUCUGUGGAGUUUUGCAGUGAACACGACACUUGGAAGCUGAACGUGGCGCACGUACUCUUCAUGCAAGAGAACAAAUACAAGGAGGCUAUCGGAUUCUACGAGCCCAUUGUCAAGAAACACUACGAUAAUAUCCUUAACGUGAGUGCAGUUGUUCUGGCUAACCUGUGUGUUUCCUACAUCAUGACAAGCCAAAAUGAAGAGGCAGAGGAGCUGAUGAGAAAAAUCGAGAAAGAGGAGGAACAAAUCUCCUACAAUGACCCUGACAAGAAAGUGUUUCAUCUGUGUAUUGUCAACCUGGUGAUCGGGACCUUGUAUUGUGCUAAAGGAAACUACGACUUUGGCAUUUCUCGAGUGAUCAAGUCCCUGGAGCCAUACAACAAAAAGCUCGGCACAGACACGUGGUUCUACAUUAAGAGAUGUUUCCUUUCCUUGCUGGAGAAUAUGGCCAAGCACAUGAUCAUGCUGAGGGAUAUAGUGGUGCAAGACUGCAUCCAGUUCCUGGAACAUUGUGAAUUGUAUGGGAAAGAUGUACCAGCUGUCAUCGAGCAGCCUCUGGAGGAGGAGCGUGCACACAUCGGAAAGAACACAGUUACAUACGAAGCUCGCAUGUUAAAGGCCCUGUUCUAUGAAGUUAUCGGAUGGAGCGACUAACUGGUUAGCAGUUUGAGAGAACACUGAUAUUUUACGAGCUCUCUUUAGGUCUCUAUUAAGGGGGGUUUCAAUUAUUACUAUUUUCUAAAAAUGGUCUUUUCUACUAUAUAUGUCUUCUCAUAAUUCUAACGACCUUCCUACCGUUUUUCACUGCAAAACAUUGUUUUCCACUGACUGGCCAAAGCAAGAACCAACAGAACCUUGGGUAGUAGUUCUAGCUUAUAUUUCAUCUCAUACAAAGUGGAGGUAUGCAAUGCCUGUACAAACAGUACCAUAAUGCAAUUCUAAAGAAAGAAAAAAAGAAACUCAUGUUUAAAAAAAUUUAUUUCAUCAAAUCUACAGUAUACAUUAUCAUCUACAGUAUGUACAUGUUGUGUUCAGAGUUAUUAAUGUGUAUUCGUGCAACCCUGUAAACCAUCUAAAGCCUGUAUGGGUAAAACAUGUCAGCUUAGUACAGUAAGUGUGUCGUGCAGUCAGCACCCCAGCUCAUCAAAGAGUAAAUUGUGCUGUAUCUGUGCUGUACAAACAAUACACCCGUGUCAGUGUAAAAAAAUAAAACUUUAACUGAAGCUUUUUUCAGAUUGAGAAAUAAAAUAGCACAAUAUUGCAUUUUGAUGGCACAAAACGGCACCAAAUUAUUAUUCCUGCUUAUUUAUUUAGUGUUUGUAUGUUAUUGCAUCUUGUGUACUGUUGUGUGAGUGCAGCAAUAUUUUGGUACAUGAUCAGUUUCAUGUUUCUGGUACUAUUUAGUACUGUUCUGCUACUUGGAAAAAGGCCCAAAUAAAUAAACACUAUUAAAUGAAA